UUAUGAAAUAACAUCCGCAACAAAUGGCUACUGGAUGGGUAAUAUUAACACCAUUGGUGGACGUAAAAAGUUCACGUGUAACCACAACAACGAUAUCAAAUAUUCUGCAUGUCUUGAGAAUGGACACUGGAGUGAAACUGUUAAUUGUAACGAAGAUAAAUGCUCACCGAACCCAUGUGAAAAUGGUGGAACUUGUGACAACCAAGAAGAUGGGUAUUAUUGUACAUGCACAGAUGGAUAUGAGGGUUUAAUGUGUGCUGAUGUUACUGUAGCUGAUCAUUGUUACGUCAACACUAUUUGGAAUUAUUCGGGGAAGAAAAAUGUUACGCGUUCGGGGUUACCAUGCGACAGAUGGGACGAGCAUACUGGCGAAUGGAAUAUAGACCCACAAUAUAUCCAUGAGUCAUCGUUAACGGAGGCAGAGAAUUACUGUCGUAGUCCAACGCCAACACUGUCGUGGGGACUUUGGUGUGUCUUACCUGGAUAUUUACAAUGGGCGUUUUGUGAUAUUCCACAAUGUUAAAAUAUGUCAAAACCAUAGAUUGGUUAAUAACCUUUGUAAUAUAACAUUUGAAGCGCAUUUAUAUGUAUAAACUUCUAAUUUACCUUAUUGAUAAUGUAAUGAACU